GUCGACAAACAUGGAAGAGGCCAACAGCUGCAAGAGAACAAUGUUUUGGCUGUAAAGUAACUCAAAGAAUCGAGCGCCGGGAUUCAUUUGAAUGCUACGAGUCGGCCGUGGUCAUGUACAACAUAUUUCAUCAAUGAACUUUGGCCUGUUGAAGACCCAAGCAUGAGUAUUAUCCAAGACAAGCUAGGCAAUGAGUUUUUACGGAACGGUGGCAUGGACCCCAACUUUCCCCCCAGCAUGAUCAUGUUCAGCCAUUUACCUCCAGUGACCAGUUUCACGCGCCUGACUUCGCAAACCUCCAUGUCGGAUCUGCCCCAAGAGAUGAUUCUGAAGAAGGAGCGUGACUCUCCUGACCAUGGUGGUGGCUUUAUCCACAGUAUGGGUAUCAAACAGGAGAAGCUAAGUGAGUUGGAUUACCGCCUCCCGAUGUAUGCAACAGGAACUGGAACAGCAGGAGGAAAAAGCACUGAUAUGCUGGACAUGUCGCUCAGCAACCACCAGAAUAUGCUUUUGCAUGACCUAAGCCUUAGUAACCAGUUUUCUGGAAGACUGGGGAAAGACCCAAAAGAAUCUGGGCCUAGAAGAGGAAGGAGAGCAAAUGGAGAAGGACCAGAUGGCAAAGCCAGAAGGAAACAAGGAGAUUCUGCAAAGUCGCUCAUGCUGGAUGGUGAUGCUGGGCCUCUCUCUCCCAACUCUAAACCGCAUAUAUGCGAGCACUGCAAUGCAGCCUUCCGCAGUUCAUAUCAUCUGCGUAGACAUGUCCUCAUUCACACAGGUGAGAGGCCUUUCAGGUGCAGUCAGUGUAAUAUGAGCUUCAUACAGAAGUAUCUGCUGCAACGGCAUGAGAAAAUCCACAGCGGGGAGAAACCAUUCAGCUGUGACCAGUGCAACAUGCGCUUUAUUCAGAAGUACCACAUGGAGAGACACAAAAGGACACACAGUGGAGAAAAGCCAUAUAAAUGUGACACCUGUCUACAGUAUUUCUCACGGACGGAUCGAUUACUGAAGCACAAGAGAACCUGUGGAGAAGCCAUAAAGAAAGGUCUGGACCCAGGUUUGCUGGACCUUGGAGAUGAUGACAUGUGUCAAGGCAGCUACAUACUCACUCAGGGAAACACUAGCGCCCCACCACGCAAGAGGGGCAAGUCCAAAAGUAGCAAUAAUGGAGGAGAGCGACGAAGGAAGAAAGGAGCAGCUGCGGGAGGCGGAGUGCAGAUGGCACUCGGCCCACAAGACUAUGCCUUAGACAUCCCCAGUGGAAUGGGGGCAUUAUCUUCAGGGGCUCUGGAUGAGACAAGCAUGGACAACCAGCAUGGACACACACCCAAGCUUGUCUUUAAGAAAGGUGGCCACAAGGGAAAUGACAAGGGUGCAGUUUCUAUGGAGGAGCCCAACCACGAGCAGAAGCUGCUGAUGCACAAACCAGGCUCUAUGGACAUGUCUGGUGCCGGAAAUCUGGAUGGUCUCGGCCUCCUCCAAACCUCCAGUGGACCCAAACAAGGAGGUACCAGCAGCAAUUAUGACGAUGCCAUGCAGUUUUUGAAAAAGAGACGGUACCUGCAUGCUGCUAACAGCGCAGCUGACUUCAGCUCUGUCCACCUUCCACAGCCAACAGUAAUCCAGGGUGGCAUAGGAGAACCUACACUUGCCUUGCUUGACACCUCGCCUUUGGUAAGCGUUGACAAGCAUGACAAAUCAGGGAUCCCAGAUGAGGUGCUGCAGAGCCUGCUGGACCACUACAGCCACAAAUCUGAUGGCUCUCACCAUGAUGUGACAUUCGAUUUGCAAGAUUCGCACCACGUGGAAUUGCAGGCUGCCUCCGCCACCUCUGAUUUGGGUCAGGAUGAGAGAUCUCCCGGCUCUGGAGACAAGAAUGGGGUGAUGAACGAGUACUCUAAAUUCUUGCUCCAGACCCUGGAGAGAACCAGCCAUAGCAGCAACUUUAUUUUGGGCCCAUCUGGACCCUUCCCAAGCCUCUUGUCGUCUAGCAGCAGCCCUGCUAGUACACUCUUCCCAGACAAAAACAUCUACACCACCUCGCCACUGGAGUGUGGAUUUGGACAGCCUGUUUCUUCUCUUGCAUCUUCCUCCUCAACAUCCCUAAGCAAGUCCCAUUUUGGAAUGCUGGUUGGUUCUCCGUCAACUUCCCAUGCCUUACCAUCUUCUCAACAGGCCUUUCAUCUCAGCAGUCUGGGGCCAGCCCCUCACCAGCAGCUUACCCCAUCUCAAGAGCUCACCGACCAGCUGGAGAAGCAGCACUCGCCGCCAUACCCUCUCAAUGGUGGCCAGAAAGACCAGCAGUCCAAGAACAGUGGCUCUUCUGCCAACAGCAGCAACAACGGGAACGGCACAGGUGGCGGCUCGGCUAACGGCUCUGUCUACCCUGACCUCACUGCCCUGGAACCAUCUAAGCAAGUGGACAUGCGUUCCACCUACCAGAUAGAGAACUUCGCCCAAGCCUUCGGGUCUCAAUUCAAGUCUGGUCGCCAAACCCCACUUGGUUAUGGUGGAGACCCGCGAGUGGGUGUCGCAGAGGUUGACCACAGGAUACAGCGGACUCCCGUGUCUGAAUUCUCAGGGUAUACUAGUCUGUUAGCAGAUGUCAACGAGCCAGCUAGCUCAGGAUCCAAAACCCCCACAAGCCAAAGUUACAGAAAUUCCUUGAAGAAAAAGACAAAGCCAAUCGGGAAUCUGCAUGUUCAGUGGUAUGACACUGGAAACUCUUUCCACUGCAUCCAUUGCGUUUGUAAAGUUUAUGGUACUUCCAAAAUCAGUCUGAAAACACUUUCAUCCCUAAGGGCCUUGUUUAAAACACAAAAACAUACUGGUAGUCAAGUAGGCAGAUAGAAACAUUCAAGCGUAUGUAGAUAUUUAUUUGUAGCUACAUGGAACUACAUAACUAUUGUCUCAGGGUGAGCAGUAAUUCUUAUCCCCUUCUUUAAACUUUACUUUUUGUCAGCUGACAUCACUUUGAUCUCUCAAGGAAUCAAAUAAGCACUUUUAUAAACCACCGAAAGCAAGAGUUCAGAUUCAGGACACAUAAAACUAUUAUUUUUGAUGAAGAAAGCUGUGAUUUUUACAAGUGCUGGAGGGAACCGCAAAUCUGCCAUAACAAAAGGCAAUUUUUGAAUAUUCAUUGGGGGUAUAGGUGAUAUUUUCUUUUUAUUAAAAACACUGUUAUUGGACAUGAAUGCCACUUUUUUUAUAUAUAUAGUUGUGGGCUUCUCUGAAGCAUUUUUGCUCUGAAGGUGUUCAGGUAUCAUGACUAUUUGACUUGGGCUGAACAGCAACAAUUGGAGUUCUACCUCUUAUUGUGUAGUUUUGAAUUUCAUGCCUGACAAAAUUGCAAGCUUCCCAUUUAAAUUAUUGCAGGGAGAAGAACCUAGUGAAUCGGAAGGACCUAAACCUGUGGUGUUUUUGUUAUGGAAUGAGCUGUGAAUUAGGGAA